AAAGACUUUUGAUGCCCUCUCUCUCUCCAAGGGAGAAAGUUUAGAGACACAUAUUUUAAAACACAUCUAUAAAAAAAUAUAUAUUUUUAUUGAAAUUUUACUUAUAGAGACAGAAGUAGCAACAGCGCACUAUUUGACUCAUACCCACCAAAGUUCUGUAUUGUAAUGUUGCCUUAUUCAGAGUCUAGGGGGGUCUGGUUGAAUGCUUUGGAAGCUUGGAGCUGGAGUCAUACAAACAUUCUACUGGUUGAGGAUAUCCUGUAAGGACUCAAGUAUCUCACUGUUUGGAUGAGGUGGAAUGGAUGGAAGUCUCCAAUGUGAAACUGUGAUCAGUUGUCUUCACACAACAUCUACUGGGAGUGCUUAGUACUGAAUUUCUGAAGAAAAACAUUUCUGGGUGAUUUUGGAACACUGUAACUGCAAGGCUUCACAGGACUUUAGUUUUACUCAAGUGGAUGAGGCAGUUCUGCUGAUUGCCAUAUCUUUUGGAGUAUGGUUUUGGAUUAUGCACUUUUGGAUUUAAAUUUUUUGGGACGUGAAUAAUGUAUAAACCAACAAUCAAAAUGCUGAAAUGUAACGUUUUUUGUUUAACACUUUGUGUGGCAUCAGGGAUUCUCUUGUGUGUAGCCGCCGCCGAGGAGCAGAAAUGUAGCAUAAACGUAACCGAGGCCAACAGCAGUAUGGAAUCUAUAACGUUAAGACUGACUACCGCGGGACAGGACUGUAACUUCACUGUGUUAUCUGUGGACAGUAGCUCUGGAGUAACACACUGUGUGGAGGAGCUGGAGGAAAACAGCACGUUUCAAUGCCAGGUAGUGAGUUUAGAACCUGGAACAUCAUACACCCUGGACAUCAUGUCCACCACAGAUGAACAACGGGCCAAUGUCACCCAGCAGACCAGUCCAUCCACAGUCAGUGGCCUACAGGUAUCAGAGACCUCAGACAGCCUGGGAGUUUCCUGGCAGCCUGGCCCUGGAAGGACUGAGCGCUUCAGGCUACUGCUGACCGACCGAGUGGGUGUGGUGAGGAACCUGACUCUGGAGAGCACCACUAAAAACUAUAUUGUCACCGACCUGGUCCCAGGGCGCGUGUAUAACAUCACCAUGGUGACGGAGGCCGGGGGACGCCAGAGUACCACCUCAAGACAAAUACAGACAGUGCCCUAUGCCGUCUCCAACCUGAAGCUAGAGAACAAUAACACCCAGGACAGUUUGAGGGCAUCAUGGAGUCAACCCCAGGGUGAUGUGGACUCUAUAGUGGUGACUCUGUCCUCGUCUGGAACCACCCCUCUGGAGAAGACCCUGUCAUCUGACACCACAAAGGCCCUCUUCCACCAGCUGACACCCGGACGGACCUAUCAGGUGUCUGUCGCCACCAAGAGCGGAGAGCUCUCCAACCAAUCAACUGCCUCGGCUAACACAGUCCCAGGUAAAGUGUCCCAGCUCUCUAUGGUGGAGCUGGAUGACUCCAACUCUCUGAAGGUGAUGUGGGCUCCCCCUGGUGGAGACUGGGAUAAGUACAGGGUGCUGCUGUUAAAUGGGACCCAGACUCUGGAUAACAGGACCGUGGAGAAAGGGGUGGUGGAGUACACUUUCUCUGGCCUGGGACUGGUCCCUGGGAGGACCUACAGGGCUGGGGUCAUGGUGGAAAGCACUGGGGAGCAAGGCACUGUGGAGUACUGCCACAGAGGAAUGGCUCCUAAGCCCGUCUCAGAGCUCCAUAUCCGCCAUGCUGACGAGACCUCCCUCAGCGCCCUGUGGAGUCACGCCCCCAACUCAGCCAGGGACGGCUACGCCGUGGAGCUCCGCCAUGGCAACGCCACGGUUGCCACGAGAGACCUGACCCGUGACAUGAGGGAGUGCACCUUCAACGUGCUCAUGCCCGGACGCGUGUUCACCAUCACCGUGACAACCAAGAGCGGGGAGCUCAACAGCUCUGUGUCGGUGUUAGGGAGGACAGUACCUAUGGAGGUGAGGCGUGUCCACCUGAGCAACCAGGGCCACGUGGACAGUUUACAGGCCAGCUGGGAACUCCCCCCUGGAGACCUGGACUACUGCAGCCUGGAGCUCCUCCACAACAACCAGGCAGUACAGAACCACACCGUCCCAGCCAACACCACCUCUCUGCAGCUCAGUGACCUCAGGCCUGGUGCCUCCUACAGGCUGGUGGUCAGUACUGUCAGUGGUGGGAUGGUGUCGAAGCCGGCCGUGGCUGAGGGACGCACUGUACCAGCUGCGGUCGGAGAAGUUAUGGUCAGUAACAACGGUCGUCCAGACUUCCUGGGGGUGUCGUGGCAGCCAGCGGUCGGAGAUGUGGACAGUUACCUGGUCCUACUGAAGGACCGCGACAGAACCGUACACAACCUGGUGGUUUCUAAGGCAAGCCCAGAGUGUGUGUUUAACUCCCUCAAGUCAGGGAGGCUGUACACCGUCUCCAUAGCAACCCGCAGCGGCAGCUUCCAGAACAACACGGUGGUGACGGCUCGUACACAACCCUCCAGUGUCCAGAACCCCAACGCCAUCCACUCUGCCAGGGACGACUUCCUGAAAGUCUACUGGCGUCAUGCGGCCGGAGACUUGGACCGUUACGAGGUGGUCAUUAAGUACAACAACACGGUCGUCCAGAACCAGACGGUGGCGCGGUCACAGAACGACUGUGUGUUCAGCUCUCUGGUUCCCGGGAGGCUUUAUACGGUCACUGUCAGCACCUGGAGCGGAGAGUACCAGUCCAGUGUUUCUACUGACGGGAGAACAUUCCCCUCUGCGGUGCGGCGCCUGGCCCUGGGUGACAGUGGUACAGGUGAUCUGGUGGUCACAUGGUCUCCAGCGCUGGGGGAUGUUGAUCACUACGAGGUCCAGAUCCUCUUCAACGACACGCGGGUUUACCCGCCCGUAACCCUGGGCAACGAGGCCCGUGACCACCGCCUGGCCUCGCUCACCCCGGGACGCCUGUACAAGAUCGUGGUGUCCACCUUCAGCGGACCCAACCAGAGACCGCAGUUCAUCGAGGGCAGGACAGUCCCCAGCCAGGUGAGGAACCUCCAUGCCCGGCCAGGGGACCAGGCUGCCAGCCUGAGGGUGUCCUGGACCCCUGGUGAUGGGGACGUGGACAUGUACACUGUGUCCCUAUCCCAAGGAGGACACCUUCUGGAGACCAGACCUGUCCCCAAACACGUCACGGAGCUGGACUUUCAGGGUCUGAUACCAGGACAACUGUAUGGGGUCGAGGUUCAGGCCCUGAGUGGAAUACUGGUCAAUAAUUCUACAACUACUGGACGAACAGUCCCCUCCAGAGUGACAGCGCUCCAGGCAGACAGUGACCACACCACCCACAGUCUAACUGUGACCUGGGAGACUCCAGUGGGAGUGUACGAGGGUUAUAAGAUCCAGCUCCUGGAUGAUGGACGUGACUUAGUGUCUAAUAUUUCCAUGCCCCAGGGCUCCACCAGGCACCUCUUCGACCAGCUCACCCCUGGGAAGUGGUACCGAGUUCGGGUCGUAUCCGUCAGUGGAGGGAUCUAUGGCAAGGAGGCCGUGGCUGAGGGACAAACACGUCCAGCUGCAGUCAACGGUCUGACCGUGAUGACUGCCAACACCAGCGGUCUGAGUUUCAUCUGGCGCCCGUCCGAGGGCUACGUGGACGGUUACGACCUGUUCCUGUAUAACGUUGACGAGACGUUGCGUGGCCGACAGACCGUGGAGGCUGGGACCCAGGCGUGCUCCUUCUCUGGUCUGGUCCCAGGAACGCUGUACAAGAUGGAGGUGGUGAGCAGGAGCAGAGGCAUGAGCAGUGACUCAUCUAUACUAGCACGGACAGUCCCAGCCCCAGUGCGCUCUCUCCACGUCCAGGGUGGUAAGCGUACUGACCGUCUCUCCAUCAGCUGGCUGCCUGGGGCAGGGGAGUGGAGUGGGUACCAAGUGGUCCUGUACGGUGGCCUGGAGGGCUCAACCACCACCCUGGCAGCCCAGGAGCUGGGCAUGGAGCAGAGAGAACACCUGUUCCAGGGACUGGUACCUGGCCGUCUGUACCGAGCUGAGGUGGUCACACACAGUGGAGAGCUGACUAAUGCUGCGUCUGCAAAGGGAAGGACGGCCCCAGAGCCUCCCUCCAUGGUAUCCUUCAGAGACAUCAGUGAUAACAGCUCUGUAGAACUGACCUGGGAAGGUCCCGCCUCUGGUGACUACGACACCUUCGACCUCCAAUGGACUCCCAGAGAUUCCCUGUCAAUCACAGCGGCUCAGCCAACCAGCCGCGUCCUGGGUGGGAUGUUCCCGGGACGACUGUACAACUUCACCAUCCGCACUGUCAGUGGGGGAGGAGCCAAGGGCGGACCUAUCGCCAACAGCCAGCCAAUCCAGAGGAGCCUCAGAACAAACCCAUCCAGACUGCGGAACAUGCAUUGUUUCCCCCAGAGUUCCUCAUCCAUAUCCUGUUCCUGGUCCUUCCCUGACUCCCACUGGGACUCCUAUACCGUGGAGGUGCGUCAGCAGGACAGCUGGGAGCUGGUGUACGCCCUGCGUCUGGCCCGGGAUAGUACCUCACUCAGCCUGGAGAACCUACAGCCUUACAAGAGAUACAACGUGGCUGUCAGAGUGGCCUCCGCUGGACUCAGCAGCCCCGCCGUGGAGGAGAACGUGGUCACCAUGAUCGACCGCCCGCCCCUACCACAAUACGGGUCAAUGAGAGGGCGGUACGCAUCACCCCCUCCACCAUUUUGUUCAAGUUCAACUGCAGCUGGUUCAGUGACGUCAACGGAGCCGUCAGGUUCUUCACUGUCAUCGUGGCUGAGUCCAAUGACAAUGAAGUCCUGCAGACAGAGCAGCUCCACCCUCUACCUUCCUUCCAGGACUACAGAACCAACAGCUCCGUGCGGGCCUACCAGACAGGCUACUUUCCCAGUGGCUGUGCCCAGGAACAGGGAAUGGGAGCUGGGCAGGUGUUUGAGGUCAACCUGGGGGCGGGGCUGGAUCGCCUGGGAGGGCCUUGUGAUUCAGAGGAGGAUCAUGAUAACGAUCAAAACAGUGAUCUCUACCACUUCUGUGAUGGUCCUCUCAAGCCUAAGACUGCCUACAGAAUAAGUGUCCGUGCCUUCACUCAGCUGUUUGAUGAUGACCACAGAGAGUUCCUCCAACCUCUCUACAGGGACACCUUCCUGUCUCCACCCAUCAGGACACAAGCAGAGCCCCUUGGCGGAGUCAUCGAGGGCAUCAGCGCUGGAAUGUUCCUCAUCGGAAUGUUGAUCGCCGUCAUCUCCCUCCUCGUCUACAGGCAGAGAGUCCGUAAAGUGGCAGUACAGGAGAGCCCAGUGGUACGGAUGAGCAUGUGGAAGCAGGGGCCUACAUCAG